AGCAGCUGUGUAAAAGCAGCUGUGCAGAUAGGUCAGACCCUGGCUUCAUUACCAAGAGAGGUGCCCAAGGGGGGCACAUGUCUGUGAAGAACAGCAGGGCUGGGUUUGCCCUUCAUAGUCUCUCCAGAGUGCGGAAAAGAGAAGGGGGUGGAGGCUGAGAGAGAGACAAAAAAACCAAAACAGCCACAACCGCCUUCAGAGGUCGGUUUACCCCCCCAAGUGGAGUCGCAGUAGCUGCUGCCCAGAGCACACAGGAACCACCAGUGCCUCAGUACAAGCAGUUGGGGCUCAGAAAAGAUCUCCCUGGGCAGGAGCCAUGGCAUGGCCACCUCCCUACUGGCUCUGCAUGCUGGGGACCUUGGUAGGGCUCUCAGCUACCCUAGCCCCAAACAGCUGUCCAGACAAACACUACAGGACUGUGAGAGGACUCUGCUGCCAGAUGUGUGAGCCAGGUACAUUCUUUGUGAAGGACUGUGACCAGGACAGAACAGCCGCUCAGUGUGACCCGUGUAUACCAGGCACCUCCUUCUCUCCAGACUACCACACCCGGCCCCACUGCGAGAGCUGCAGGCACUGUAACUCUGGUUCUCUCAUCCGCAACUGCACAGUCACUGCCAAUGCUGAGUGCACCUGCUCCAAGGGCUGGCAGUGCAGGGACCAGGAAUGUACAGACUGUGACCCUCCCCUAACCCCUUUACUGACCAGCCAGCCAUCUGCGGCCCCAAGCCCACAGCCGCCACCCACCCACUUACCUUAUGCCACAGAGAUGCCAUCCCAGCCCCUACACAGGCAGCUUCCCGACUCAACUGUCUACAGCCACCACCGGUCACCCCACAGAGCCCUGUGCAGCUCUGACUGUAUCCGGAUCUUUGUGACCUUCUCCAGCUUGUUUCUUGUCUGCAUCCUGGGCGGACUCUUGUUCUUCCAUCGAAGAAGAAACCACAGGCCAAAUGGAGACAGUCGGACAGUGCCGGAAGAGCCUUGUCCUUAUAGGUGUCCCAGGGAGGAGGAGGGCAGUGCCAUCCCUGUCCAGGAAGACUACCGGAAACCUGAGCUUGUUUCCUACCCUUGAUCCAGUGAGGGGUGGGGCCCUUUCUGCUGAGGCCCCACCCAGAGAGACCCGAUGGUGGCCUGCUCCCCCACCAUGGUCAUCAGAACCCCUUCCUGUGAACACUCGACAAACUGCCCUUCUGAGACCGAUGGGGACAGGAGCAGGACCCCAGGAGCAAGCCGGGGAGACUGGGGCUCUAGCUGUAAAACACACUUACUCUAGAUGAAGCCUUCCAGUUGGCAAAGCUACACGCUGCGGGUGAAAAUGGCCCCCCAAGGACACCAGAGAUGGCUUGGCAGUGAGCAGCACAUAUUGUUCUUCCAAAGAACCAGAGUUUGAUUCCCAGCACUGUCAGAUGGAUCAAAACCAGCUAGUUUCAGAGGAUCUGACACCUUUGACCUCUUCUGGUACCUACAACAACAACAACAACAGCAACAUACACACAAUUCAAAAUAAAAUAAAAUAAAUGUGAUAGGCCACCAGCCAGCGCCCUGGUUCCAGAAGGACUAAUUGCCACGUAAGACAGACACACAGACACACAGACGUCCUGGCCUUGGCUCUGUCUUCCCUGUAAGUUGCGACAGUGCUGUGGGAAAGCUGAGACUGAGACUUUCUCUCAGUUGAGGUAAACUAUAAAUAAAUUCAUUUGCCUACUUCUA